AUAAAUGCCACGAAACUUCCGCUCACUAUCGACAGGAACUCUCUUACUUUAUUCUGGAGCUAUACAAAGUGUUCUCUUAUAAUCGUACGAAGUCAAACGCGAUAACUUAUAGUAAAGAAAAUAUAAUCAUUAAUAGCUUACACCUGAUACCCAAAUAUCAACGAUUUCUGGAAAUCGAGACGCACGCCACGCUAAAUUUCCCAAUACUGCGCCUAAACUCGCGCAAAAAUUGCUUUGGUUUAAUAUCUGCAUAAAACGAAGUUAGAAAGAACUUCUAGAAAUGCAGUUCGAAUGAGUACUAGAGUAAGAAGAAAAAGUCCAUCCCGAUAUUCUCCUAGCAGAAAAUCAUCUACUGGUCGUUCUUCUAGAAGAUCACCUGCAAGAUCACCUGCAAGAUCACCGGCAAGAUCACCUGCUAGAUCACCAGCACGAUCACCUGCAAGAUCUCCAAAUGCUAAUAAAAGGAAACUUCCAUUUCGCAAUACAAAAUAUGCCAAAGUAUCUAUUCCCAGAAUAGAGUUUCCAACUGAAAAAAUUAAUAAUGAGCAAAAUACUAUCGUAACAAGAAACUCUACUUUUAAUGAUAAUCAAACUGAUACAAUGCCACUUCAUUAUCGGUUGAAAGAACUUGAAGCUGUGUCACGAAGAUCGAUACGUAUGUCUAGCACACCAAAAAUGGAAUCGUUGCAUAAAUUCACAGCAUUUACCAGAAAUUUUGAUAGAGCUGUUUCUUUACCAGUGGAACGAAAAUCUCUAUUACAUGAUAUAACUGAUGGAAAGGAGAGAGGCUUUUCUGUACAGAGAGAACAAGAUUUGAUUAAUAAACCAAUAGAAUUUGAAGGAAACACGGAAUCAGAAUUAAUAAUAGAAAAACAUAAAAAUAAAAUAAAUUUAGUUAAUGAACCUCAGGAAUGGGGAGGAUGGUUCGGAACUUAUAUUCUUUUGUUUGUCUUACCUCUAACUAUAAUUGCACCACAAUUACUUUGCUCAAAAGACAUGUAUAAAUUGGCGUAUCCAGAAAUACCAAUUGACCUACAGUUAUACAUCAAUGCUUAUUCAUUUUUUGGAUACCUGUCAUUUUUACUUUUACUGACUAUUUUUUCUUUUAUUCCAAUUGGGAGGUGCAUCUACGGACAACAAAGUAAAAUUGGUAGAUUACAGUAUCGUAUGAAUGGAUUUUUAUGUGCUGCAUUAUCACUGGCCAUACUCUGCAUAUGUGUAUAUAAAAAAUUAAAACUUCAUGACUUUAUUUUAGAAAAUUCUUUACAAUUGAGUACUAGUGGAUGGAUUCUUGGAACAAUUAUAGCUAUAUUCUUAUAUAUUAAAGCAAAUAAAGCACCUGUUGCAUGUCUUAAUAUAUGCGCAUCAACUAAUAGUAUUAUAUAUAAUUUCUGGCAAGGCAGAGAAAUUAAUCCCAGACUUGGCUUUUUGGACAUAAAAAUAAUUUUAUUACGUGCUUCAGUGAUUGGAUUAAUUAUUGUAAAUUUAUCUGUUAUAAUUAAAUCAUUAGAAAACAGUAGUAGUUUGGACCUGAAGGAUAUUAAUUUAGCAGAAUUAUUAGUAUCCUCUUUACAAAUAUUUUAUAGUAUGGAUAUGUUAAUGUACGAAUCAACUGUUUUGACAUCCUUUGAAAUUAUGUACGAAGGUACUGGAUAUAUGCUGUGCGUCGGUCAUUUACUCUAUCCUUUUCUACCAACUAUUUUAUCUAGAUACAUGUUGUUUAGAAGAACACAAAUAAACUAUUUCUUCACAAUACCUAUCCUAAGUUUUAUUAUUGGAUACAUUAUAUACAGAAUUAGUAAUUCUCAAAAGGAUGAAUUUAGAAAAAAUCCAUUAUCUUCUGCAUUAGAUCAUUUAACAACGAUUUCAACAUCACGUGGAAAAAAAUUAAUAGUAUCUGGUCUUUGGGGAUAUGUAAGACAUCCCAAUUAUUUGGGUGAUAUUAUAAUGCAAUGGUCUGUAUCUUGUUUGAGUAUGACAAAUGAAAUUUUACCUUAUUAUGCUCCAUUAUGUUGCACUAUAGUGUUAAUGCAUCGUGCAAUACGAGACAAUAGACGUUGUAAAUUGCGUUAUGGUUAUGCCUGGGAACAAUAUUGCUCGAGAGUAAAAUAUAUGAUUAUAGAUCGCGUAUUUUAAAUAUUUUUUUAUUGUAACAUAUGAAAAAUAAUUUAUAGUACUAAAAUUUAUUAGUAUGUUUCAUUUUGAGAUCUCAAGAGAGUUUUGCAUGACAUCUAUAUACAAUGUUUGUUAUUGUAUAAAACAAAUCUUUAUAAUAAUCUUAUAUUUUAUAGUAUAUAUAUUAAACUUAAGAAGAAUACAUGUAUAUAUAUAUGAUAUGUAUAUGUAUAUGUAUAGAUAUUAAGUAGUUACAGAAAAGCUGUAAUCAAAAAAGUUGGAAUCUCACAAAAAUCAUAUCGCAUUUAAGUUUAUUAAUUAUAUUACAUUGACAUAAGCUUGAAGGUUAUUAAUACAAUGUUAUUUCAAGCUUAUUAUGAACAAAAAAUUUUAAAAUAUUUGAAUAAAAUUUGUAGAAAUUAGUUAUAAUAGAUGAAUGUGAUGUAGAUUUAUGUAAUGGUACAUAACGUGUCAUAUUACAACACAAUAAGGAAUUUUAUACUUUUUUAUAUUAGAGAC